AUGGACAUAACCGUCAACGUUCCCCCUGAUUCAACUAACGGUAAACUUGAAAAUGUGACUUCUAAAAUCUUUGACAAAACGUGCUCUGACUCUCACCACAACAACAAUUCUCUUCCGACGUCAUCCACUGCUUGUAAAACACAUUUAUGUCAAGGAGUUUAUCUACCUGAUGACGAUGGAUCUAUUCUCACUCCUGAACAUGCCUUUGUACAGUAUCAAACCCGGUCUGAAGACCAAGCCUGCCAGAUUUGUGGUCAGCCAGCUGUCGGAUUCCACCAUCGGGCAUACGUUUGCGAGGCCUGCAAGAAAUUUUUCAUGCGACAUACAGCUGCCAGAUUACGAAAUUCUGAAAUUGGAUCUACAGUUUCUGAAUCAAUAUGUCCAAUGGGUGGUAGAUGUCGUGUUGAAGGUCCCGGUCGUGGUAAAUGCCCACAUUGUCGUUAUCGAAAAUGUUUAGAGUUGGGAAUGACUUUAACACCUCCCGGUGGUGAAGCUGGCUGUGAUAUUUCCCAAAUACCGUGUCGUGUAUGCAGUGGUCCAUCUUCCGGUUUUCAUUUUGGUGCAUUAACAUGUGAAGGCUGCAAGGGUUUCUUUCGACGAACUGUCUUAUCUAAUGUUCGUUUAGAAUGUCUUGGCAAUAAUGAUUGUCCAAUUACACCAGCUAAUCGAAAUAUGUGUAAAAGUUGUCGAUUUCAACGUUGUCUAGCAGUUGGCAUGUCUAAAACUGGAAGUCGUAUUGGUCGACAACCUAAUGCAAUUAAAUAUUAUUGUGCUCGAGAAAUUUCCCAAUUAACUAAUUCUAAUGAUUGUGAAGCAACCACAACUAUGAAUCCAUCUUCAAGUUCAUCAAAUAAACAUGAAUCUAACCGACGUAAUUCAGUUAGUCAUAGUAGUACUAGUAGUGGUACUACAAAUCUAAGUUGUAACAUCAGCAAUAAUGGUAAUAAAAAUAAUAAUAUUACUGCUAAUCAUGAUGAUAAUAAUCAUAACAACAGUAAGAAUAAUAAUCUUAAUGAACAUGAUUUAUUGUCAAUUGCUGAAGAACAUUGUAGAUCAGUAUUAGGUCAAUCAAAUUAUCCAUCAUCUAGUUGGCCUUCAUUUAAACGUAUGAUGUCUAAUCUUGAUCAUUUGGAUUCAAUUAAUAACACUACUCUCGCCAAUACGACCACCGUCUCCAUAACAACAACAACGACAACAACAACAACAACAAUAAUAUCAACAAUUGGAGUAUCUUUAGUUCCAUCAAGUAUUCCUUUAACAUCAACAUCUACAGUAAAUCAUUUCAUUGAACACAGUAAUCAUAAUUAUAACGAGUUACAAAAUAGUGGUGAUUCGUUGAAAAAUGGAUCUUUAUUAUCUUUAUCACCGUCUUCAUCUACAUCACCAUCGUCAGGGAUUAAAAGUCAUAUAAAGUAUAAGACAGAUACACGUCCACAAUAUCUUAAUUCUCAGUCACGUCCUUUUCAUCAUUAUCCUCCACCACCACCGCCGCCUCAUCAUCCUGUACAAUCAUCUAUUUCUCAGAACAAUUGUUUUAAUAACAAUAAUAUUGGUAUGAGUGGUAGCAAUAAUAAUAUUGCUAAUGGUGUCGUCCUUCUCUCUGGCCGUGCGGAUUCAAUUUUACCUUCUUCUACUUGCAAUGGUGCUAGUCAUGGUAGUGAUUAUCUUUUAAUUGAUCCUUCAAGAAAUAUUACUAAACGACGUAAAACAAUACCGUCUGAAAUAGAUGUUAACUUAGAGAUCUCUGAUAAUAGUAUUACAUCUUCAAAAUUAACACCUAUUAAUUCAGUACACAUACAUGAUGAUGAUGAUGACGUUGAUGAUGAAGGCUGCGAUCAUAAUGAUAUUGAUGAUGUUAAUGACAAUGUUGAAGACGUUGGAAAUGGCAAUUCUACUAGUGGUUCUAAUGAUAAUGAACAUUUAAAUCAACGUUACAGUCAUAGACAUCAACAACAAUAUCAUCAUCCUGUACACCAAGCUGUACAUCAUCGUCAUCAACAACAAAACCGUCGUAACGCGGACUUGACAAGUUUGAAUGAAGAAAAUAUCCAUAAUGUUAUCGGUUCUGUUAAUAAUGAUUUGGAUAUCAGUAAUAGUUGUAGAAAUAAUAAUAAUAAUAGAUAUGAGAAACUUGUAGAUAGUGGGAAAAUUCAUAAUAUAUCAGUGGAUAAUUUCUCAUUUAUUAAUCAAUCAAGGCAUUUAUCAAAUCAAAUUAACUUGCCAAAUAAUAAUGAACAUAAUAUAAACACUAAUAAUAAUGAGAAUUGUUCCACUGUACUUGAACAAUUACAAUUUAGAAAUUAUCCAUUAACGGAUAGAUCAUCAGUUAUUGUUGAAACUCAAUCAAAAGAUUCUCAUGCGGUAACUACUCAUUUAAAUCAAUCCUAUUUACGACCUACACAAUUAAAUUUAACAACUGGAAGACAUUUACCUGAUGAAUCCUAUUCAUUGUCUUAUCUUUCAUCUUCAUUAUCAUCAUCACCAACAUUAUCAUCGACAUUAACUACUACACUAUGUCCACGUUCAUCUGUGAUAUCAGACUAUUCUGACUUCAAUAAUCAAUUAUCUGCUGAUGUUAGUGACAAUAAUAACAAUAACAAUAAUAAUAAUAAUCAAGUAUGGUUACCAAAACAACGAUAUAUUAAAUCUAGUCGGAGUUUACCAAAUGAACAAACUAAUAAUCAACUAAUAAGUUCAAAUAAUAAUAAUAAUCAAAAUGCCAAUAAUUGUUUAGAUUCAAAUUCAUUAGGAUUUCUCAAUGGUGGACGUAAUGUUGUUGAUAUAACUGGAUUAACUGAGACUGAACCAACAUCAACAACUACUACACCGUGGUUUGCAGCAGCAGCGGCAGCUGUAGCUGUUGUUAUGGCUGCAUCUCAAUCAUCAUCAUCAUCAACUAAUUCCGCUUUAUUAGAUCCAUAUACAGUAUCAUCAAAUUUAAAUGAAUGUUUUGGAAUCAAUGAUCGUAAUAAUAAUAAUAAUAAUAAUAAUAAUAAUAAUAAUUCAAGUAUAAAUCAAGUAAACCGACGUGUUCCAGUGAAUACAACUAAUUUUUCAAAGCAACGUUUCAAAUUAGGUCUACAUGAAACUGUUUUAGAUCAUCAACAUUCUGGUAGAUCAUUUUUGUCAAAUUCUUAUAAUAUUAAUCCAUAUGAUACUAAUACUAAUACUACUAGUGGUCAUAUGAAUGAAAAUAUAUUGAAAAUUGGUAAAUAUGAAUCAAAUGAUACAUUACGUUCCUUACAUCCAUCAUUAUCAUCAUCAUCAACAUCAUCAGUAGCAUCAUCAUUAUCUGAUGUUACACAUCCGUCGACAAUAGCUGCUAUGCAAGCGGCGGCUGUUGCAGCAGCAGCAGCUGCUACCGCUGCUGGUCUAGUUCUAUCCAAUAGUCGUGUACGUGGAUUAUCUGAUGAAAUUUAUCCAAAUUUAAAUCGUGUCAGCAUUUCUAAUUCAUUGCCUGAAUUACCAAAUAAUUGUUAUACAUCAACUACACCAUCAUCAUUAUCCUCAUCAUCUUCAUCACCACCAAUAAUGGGUAAUUUUGGUAGAAUUAUUGAAAAUCUUUCAAUGUAUUCAACAUCAUUAGAUCGUAAUGCUCAACCGAUUAAUAAUAUGGAUUAUCCAUCAUCAUCAUCAACAUUAUCCUCCUCCUCAUCAUUAUUAUUGUCAUCAACAGUGAAUAAUUUCCCUGUUAAUCAUUCCAUUGUAAAUACUACAUUACCAUCGAUUACUGUACCAGUUAUAAAUAAUAAAGAAAUUAGUCCACGUUUAAAGAAUGGUAUUCGACCGACUUCUAUAACAGUACAACAAUUUGCUGAACGCAUUCAUGUUGCUGCCAAAUAUAUGAUGACUGAAAGAAAGAACAUUCGAAGUAAUUUACCCCAACCAUGUAGAUUAAUUCAGGCAUCCGAUUGUGUUGAAGAUAUUUGGGGUCAAAUGAUGAAACAUUUUGAAACACAUUCACGUUUUAUUGUACAGUUUGUUAAAUACAUUCCAGGGUUUUGUUACUUAAAAAUUAGUGAUCAACGUCAACUUGUUCGAAGUGCUAUGUAUCCGAUUAUGUUAUUGGAACUUAGCCGAGAUUAUGUGAAUGAAGAUCGAACACGAUAUAAUUAUUUCGAUUUUACUCCUGAAGAACAUGCAAUUAUACUUAGUCAUUUUCCAACAUUUCAUAAAAUAUCUGGUCAUUUAAUACGUUCAGGUGAAUUUCUUACUCGAUUAAAUUUAGAUAAUAUUGAAUUAACACUUAUGUGUGCUCAGGAAGUAUUUAAAGAUCGUCAAGGUUUAGAUGAUCCUGUGACACCAGCAUAUUUAUUUAAUUUAGUUGGACAAGCUCUUACUGAUCAUAUUAUUUCUGUUGGAUAUUCAUUAGAAGAACGUUGUGCUGCAUUAUCACUUAUUUCACCAAUGUUAGAAGAAUUAAAUAUUGAACAUCAUGAAGUAAUUGCUCAAUUACGUCAAGAUAGACCAGAUUUAGAAUUUCCACAAUUAUAUCUUGAAAUGUUUCAAUUAACUGAAGAAGAACAACGUGAUCUUAAAUCUACUAAUUAUGAUCCAUCUGAUGAUAAUCGAUAAUUGAACAGGCAAAUUUUAAUAUAAUACUUAUAAUCUCAUGAAAGAGGCAUUUAUAUCUGAAUAAAUUAUGGAAUAAAAAGCAAACAUCAAUCCUACAAUUUACUUACUUAAUAAUACUAUGAUAAUUCAAAUUCACCUACUAAACUACAGCAUGAUUACAGAAUAUUUCUAUUGUAUUACUAUUAUUAUUAUUAUCAUCAUGAUCAUCAUCAUCAUCAUCAUUGUCUUCGGAUCAUGUUGUCUAUUUGCACACAUUGAAUUGAUUUUAGUUUGCUUCUUAUCAUUUCUUAUGAUCAUUGUCGAAGAAAAGCGCCUGAAAUCCAUACAGAGAAUGUUAUGAAAUGAAUGACUGCACAACUUUGUUGUAUGUCUAUAUGUGUACUUUUCUGUUAAACAAUAACUAAUGACUUUUAUUUAAUAUACAUCUAUGUAUUCGAUAAUUAGCUGUACUCUAUAGAUAUGAAAAGCAUUUCUUUUCUUCACUUUACUAUUAUUAUUAUUAUUACUGUAUUUAUUAUUGUCAAAUUAAUUUCACAUUGGGAAUUUCAUCUUUUUAAAAGGUGUAAAUGAUUUACAAUUUAUUUUGACCGAUUAUUCACUUAAUCCUAUAUAUGUACACAUUGUUUAUUACGGGUAAAUGAAAUAAUGAUCUUAUUUAGAAGUAGUAAUAAUCAUAGUAGUGGUAGUAGUAGUAGUAUUAGUAGUAUCUGUUGUACAUUUAUUAAUUUGAUUUUGUUUUUGUCUUCUAUUACUAUUACUGGUACUACAACUAUUAUUCCCGAUUAUGAAUAGUUUGUAUGUCCCGGUGUGUGUUAUUUCAUGUGUAUGAAUGGGAUAGGUGGGUGACUGAGUAAGUAAGUGAUUGAAUGAACGAAUAUGUAACAACAACAAUUUCAAAACAAACUGUUAUAGUUUUAAAUCAUCCUAUUUCUCCUUUAUUAACCCUUAUUCAGGUUACUGUUUAUUAAUUAUAUUAAUUAAUGAUGAAAGAGUUUUCUUUUCUUUUGUUUCAAUGUGUAAUAGAGUAGUAACACGACAAUAGGGAUUGUUUUCAAUUUCUAUCUACUUUCUUUACGUUUUCUAUCUAUAUUAUGGUAAUUUAUUAUUAUUAUUAUUAUUAUCUUGCACGUUAUUUGUUUAAUAUUUACAUUUAAAUUCUUAAAUUAUAGCGCCUUUAUUGAUUGUGUAUAACUCUGUACUCUAUUACAUUUAUAUUCAUGUACACUUACACUUAAAUGUAUGUAUGUGUAUGUGUCUAAUAUACAUCCUAACUACUCAACGUGCAACUGUUGCAUUCAUAUUUUCCCAUUUAUUUGCACAUAUAUAUAUAUAUAUAUGUAUGUAUUUGUGUUUUACCAUUCAGCAAACUAAUUUUUUUCGUCUAAUCUUUAACUAUUAUUUACCCCUUUUCUAAACACUUUUAUAUCACUAUAUUUUUCUUUAACAAAACUGAUAGAUUAAACAAUGAAUGAUGAUAUGGAUUGGUAACUGAAGAGUAAUAAUGAUCCUUUUUUUGUAUUUGUUUCUUUAAUUUAAUACACACACACACAUACAAACAAACGAAAAGCACACAACAAAAGCACACAAGUAAGUACGUACACUAACUACAAUUAGAUGUAUAUCCUUUAAAGAAUGGUUCAUUUUGAUUUGUUCAUCUUGGAAUAAUUAAGUAAUAAGCAUAAUCAUCAAAGAAAUACAACAACAAAUUACACAAAUAUAAUGAAUAUGAUGGUAAUCGUUUAUCUUCAUUGUUGUUGUUUUUGUUGUUAAACUCAGGGAAAAGCAAGUAUCAAUAUCUAUCAAGGGUUUAACAUGAUUGUUACUGUUAUUAGUUUCAUUUCUUCUGAUAACUAUUUUUUCCCCUGUUUUCUUCUUUGUAGACAUUGUUGUUUUCCUUCAAUGAUGUGUUUUACAUAUUGAUGUUUCUCUCUGUGUGUGUGUAUGUGUGUUCCUUUCUAUCACUAUGGUAUUCUUUUUCUUUUUUUCUCUUUUCAAUAAAUGAACGCACAGGACAAAUUAUAGAAAGUAUUUAUACCCAUAUUAACAUGUAUAUCGAUUGUUUAUUUUUAAGUCAAGUUAUUUUGUUUGUUUGUCUGUCUUUUUAUUGUUUAUAUUUCUGGCAAUUUAUCCUUUUCAAUUUAAAAAUCCCUUUAUGCUUUGGAUUGGUAAUUUUCAAUUGUGUGAAUGUGUGUGUGUGUUCAUUUGUCCAGCGUUGGAUACUGUCAACAUUUUGGUAUAAUUACAAUACCUAUCAUAUUAUCUUUCUAUUAAUCUCUUUUUAUGGUUUCAUUUUGAUCAGUUAUCUAUUUUACUCUUCAUUGGUAAAGUAGAAUUUAGUUUAAAUUAAUAAUUUCUUUCUUUUUCCCCCCAGUUGUAUACAUAUUUAUGUAUGUAGUGUUGUCAAUGAAAUCUGAUUCAUUCUCAUUUCUCCCUAUUUUAACAAAAAGAAAGACUUUUCUCCUUAUGUUUCAUAUUCUCAUCUUAUAUGAUGCCACAAUUUAUUUAUUUUCUCCAGUUACUGUACUCUACUAUUCAAUCUUAUCAUCUUUUAUAAAAAUGAAGGUUGGACAUUCAUAGAGAUAGAUAGUCUGACAAAUAUAUAUCAUAAUGUACACACCGAAGUAUACGUCUUCAUCAUACAUAUAUAUACAUAUGUGCACACAUACACACACACACAAAGACUUUUAGUCGGAACAAUAUACCUUUGAUACUACUUUGAUUCUCUUAAAGUUCUCUUAGACUUUUUUUCUUCUUCUUUUCCAUCUCUAUCAUAUUUUCAACUUAUUGACACUUGCCUAUUCUUUUAUUCUAAGCGCCAAAUUGAUUUUUUUAUAACUAUCGUCAUUAUUGUCCUUCUUUGGUUUUUCUAUAGAUAGAUAGAGAGAGAGAGAGCAUUAAACAAUUGUCCCCAGUAGUAUUUCUGUGAAUAUGUUAUUGUUGUAUGUAUCUCAAGUGGUUUAUCUAUUACCUUUAUUAUUAUUAUUUUUUCCAUCUCAGGAUAUUAUUGUAUAUCGAAAGAGAAUCAAUCAUACAAAGUAAAUGAUCAAUUUCAUUUUGUAUGUUCUUCCAUCUUAUUUAUGUGCCUCUUAUUUAUUAUUGCAUUCAUCAAAGAAAACAAAACUUUUUAUUUAUCUUAUUUUGUUUUGUUUUUUGUUGCUUAACUGUUUGUUUAUUCAUUUGGUUGUUUUUGUUUGUCCUUGAAGCAUGAACUAUGAAAGAUAAACCCAGUGUAGAUUCAAUAACACAGGGAUAUAUCAUUAUUAUUAUUAUUGUUACUAUUACUAUUGUUAUUAUUGUUAUUAUUAAUGAUACCAUUGUACUAAUAACAUUUAUUAUUUAUAUCGUUGUUAAGAUAUUCUUUAUCGUAUUAUUGAUUGUUGACAAUAAAGCGCCUCUAUGAUUUACCUACUAAAUUUCUAUUGAUCGAUUGUUUUUAAUGGAAUUCUGUUCUAUGUAAACUAUGAAUCAGUUGUCAAUUUGUCAUUUUCUCGGUGUUUAUUUUCUAUUUGUUGUUUAUUACAAAUAAACACUUGUUUAGUAUGUAUACUUUGCCAUUUUUUAUUUCUCUAUGUGGUUUCUUGUUAAUGCUCGUUCUUUAUUUUUAUCUCUCUCCCUUUGCGUAUAUGUAUGUAUGUAUGUGUGUCAACAGUACUGACCUAGUCCACGUCCUUUGUUACCUUUUUAAAAAUUCUCUUCAGGUAUCAUCUGUCUAUUCAUGUCUGUAUUUAUAUGAUGAUCAGGUACACGUUAAACAUAUAGAAAGAAAAAAACAACCAUUUUCAUCCUUUUUUUCCAAUUGCUUUACUUUGUAAUGACUGUCUCUGUUUCCUUCUCUCUCUCUCUCUCUCUCUCUCUCAGGGUUUUCUAUGGUAAUACAAUAACUGUAAAUGUCGUUAUUGUAAAAUGUAUUUCAGUUCAUCUUUGUCGUUUAUAUUGUUCCUUUUUUGUUUUUGUUACUGGUUACUCGAUGUUGUUGCUAUGUUGGUACUUUUCUAAAUUACUUUUGUAUAAUUUUCUUCACACUAAAAAUAGGCAAAGAGUAUUCUCUUUAUGAUUAUUAUUUAUCUAUCUUCAACAUGGUCUAGCCUAUUCACACCUUAUUCAAGAAAUUAUUCGAAUUUGGUCUUUGCCAAACUCAACAUCAGGUGCUUUAUGUCCACAUGUGUUUAGUGUAUGGUAUUGUACACACGCGUGCAUAUAUAUGUGUGUAUGUGUGCUCAUGUGUAUAUUAUAUCGUCAAUUGUCUGUCAUUGUUGAACAUGGCAAUAAUUAUAAACUUUUGUGGAUAUUAUUACAUACUACUGAUAUAAAGGAUACUACUACUAUUACUAUCAUUACUACUACUAUUACUAUUACUACUACAAAUACUACCUAAUUAGGGUGUUGAUAGUUAUUUGGUUGCGUUUUAUUAUUCUCCUGCCCCAUUCAUGUGUUGUUUUUUUUAUUGACUUCUAUCCGUUUCCAUUUUAUUCUGUCUGUGAAUAUUAGACAAUGUUUAUUUGGCUUAAAAGUUCUUUUUUUUUAAAGAAAAAAUAUGAUGUUCAUUAGUUUCUCAAAAUUGAAUCUUUUAUGUUUCAUUUAAACUAAGGAAAACUAACUAAAAUCAGUAGAAAGAAUUAGCUAAACAGUGAUCUUCCUUCCUUCUUUCCUUCACAUUGAUUUCUAUCUCCCAACCUAUAUGGAUGAUGAUACAAAUGAACCUACCUAUCCAUUCGUACUCCUUGUAGAAAAAGAAAAGAGAAAAAAAUGAAUCAAUACAAUAAACUAUCCAAUCCCGUGCUCAGGUUUUAUUUAUGAAUUUUUUUUGUGCAUAUACAUUAACAAGUGAAUACAUGUUUUAUGUACUUUUUACCCACUUCAUCCUUAUCCUGACACUGAAUUCGGUGUCAUUCUUUUUCUUUUUUUUUCUUUUCUAAAUGUUACAACUCGGUUCUUUUUUUAUUAUUAUGUUUCCGACUUCCAUAAUCCUAAUAAUAAUAAUAAUGAUCCUUAUUAUUAGUAGUAUUAUUGCUAUCAUCAUCAUCAUCUUAUUCGAAGCGCCUCUAUCCUACUUCUUAUUCCCUUUUCUUCUUUUUUUUUUACAUACCAACUUCUCUUUUAGUUUGAAUUCUUUAAAGAAGAUUCUCGUUUAGUCUAUUUAUAUUUUGUCUAUUUCAUUUACUUUUACUGCGCCCUCUAUAUUUGUAUUCAUUGAUUCUUAAAAAAAAAAGACAAAAACAAAAAAAAGAAAAAAAGAAAAGAAAACCCACAAGACAAGAUUAUUAGUUUUUCAGUCCAGGGACAUUUUAAUUUGUACUUGUUUAAUUUCAUUUUACUAUCCUAGAAUAUAUAUAUAACUUAUUUGGCCAGUUUGUUUAUCUCUACUCUCCUUGUUUUUUCUUCAUAUUCUCACUAUAAGCAACACAGAAAUAUAGGCAGUAACAAAUUUUGUUUUGUUUUGAGUAAAUGAGAGAAAAACAAACAACAACAAUAACAAUAAAUAAGCAUCUUAUGUAAGUCUUGUUAGAUUAUAUUGGUUAGUUCAUGAUGAUUACUAUGAGUAUUAUUAGUAAUAGACAUGUUGCCGUUGUUGUUAUUAUUAUUAUUAUUACUUUUCUCUUCUUGGUUUUCUGCUUUAUUUCACUUGGUUUCUCUCCUUUUUUUCUCUCUCCCUUUCUUAAUAAUGUUUUUUUUGUUUGUUUGCUUUUUUUGUAAUGAACACAAAAAUCAAAAUAAAGAAACUCUCUUUUAUGUAUCA